GUUGUGUGUGGCUCGUUUUCCUUCGUCUUCUUCGGCUCGCACUCUCCUUCUGCGGAAUCCACUGAAGGCCAAAACGAACGAGAGAUUAUUCUCGAUUCCCCACUUCCAGAGAGUCGCUUUUCGAACUCGCGUUCGUCAGUUUCAUUGUUUGACGCACACAGAGAGGAAAGCAGUAAGAAGCGCCGAAGCUCCGCCGAUGGCCGUCUUCUUGGGGACUGCUCGAUGCGCUCCGAGCAUGACGCGCCUGGCUCCGUGCGGACGCCGGUUUCGCAUCUCGGACCCUGCGGUCUCGCUUUGCAGGCGCGGUUCAUCUCCCUUUAGGCUUCUUUCUCGAGCUUCUCUCAGUGAGUUCUCUUCGCUCCUCCACUCGCGCGCAUCUUAUGUGGCUUCGCGUGAUGCUGCUGCUGAAGAUGCGGGAGGGAGGGGGCAUGACGGAGAGUCCGACUCUGAGAUCAUAUUUAUGGGAACUGGGACCAGCGAGGGGAUUCCAAGAGUGAGCUGCUUGACGAAUCCUUUGAAGAAAUGCCCGGUAUGCUUAAAAGCUGUGGUACCAGGGAGCAAGAAUAGGAGACUAAACACAAGCAUUCUCAUUCGAUAUCCUGGACCAACCAGAAAAUGUAAUAUCCUCAUAGAUGCUGGAAAGUUUUUCUACCAGAGUGCUCUUCGAUGGUUCCCUGCAUACGGGAUAAGAACAAUUGAUGCGGUUAUAAUUACUCAUUCUCAUGCUGAUGCCAUUGGAGGUCUUGAUGAUCUUCGAGAUUGGACUAAUAACGUCCAGCCACAUAUUCCAAUUUAUGUAGCCAAACGUGAUUUUGAGGUGAUGAAGAAAACUCAUUACUAUUUAGUGGAUACCAGUGGCAUCAUACCUGGUGCUGCAGUGUCAGAGUUGCAGUUUAACAUAAUGCAGGAGGAGCCAUUUGUGGUGAAUGAUCUGCAGAUAACUCCUUUGCCAGUGUGGCAUGGACAAGGUUAUCGUUCUCUUGGUUUUCGGUUUGGUAAAGUCUGCUACAUUAGUGAUGUUAGUGAAAUACCAGAAGAAACAUAUCCUCUUCUCAGGGACUGUGACAUCUUGAUAGUGGAUGCAUUAAGGCCAGAUCGCUCUACUUCGACACAUUUUGGCCUCCCUAGGGCUUUGGAAGAGGUCCGCAAAAUCCAACCAAAGCGAACACUCUUCACUGGUAUGAUGCAUCUCAUGGAUCAUGAAGCAGUGAAUGAAGGUCUUAAAAAGCUCUUGGAGACGGAGGGCAUUGACGUGCAGCUGAGCUACGAUGGACUCCGCAUCCCUAUAACGCUCUAGCCUUCGAGUUUGACGUGAGUCUCCUUCUUUGAUCAGAUAAAACAUUUAAAAAUAAGCACCUCAGGGUCGACUAUCGAGGUCAUUUAGAGAUUCUUUUAGUGUACGAAUCGAGUAUUGACGCAAUCAUCUCAACUCCAUCUCUACCUCUAAUGUUGGUGUUGAUGCAGUUCAUGAAUAAUGUUCUGUAAUUUUUUGGCUGUUUCCUAGCGAGAACCAGCGUUAGAGUUUUGCUUUUC